AGCAGUCCUUCCCGAAGAACUUAUCACAGAAGUCUUAUCAAUUCUUCCUGCCAAAUCCAUUUUGCGAUUCAAAUGCGUCUGCAAGCCAUGGGAAUUCCUCAUUUCUGAUCCUUUCUUUGUCGAAAAGCAUCGUCGUCUAUCACAAAAAAGAAACUUGCAUCUCGCUCUAAUCUUGUGCAGGCCAAUGACACAUAUUAGAGAUUACUAUUAUGAUCGAGAUUGUUCCGUGGUACCAUUUCCCCUCAACAAUUUACUACUUAAUCCAUCUUUAACCAUUAACAUCCUUCCUCAUCACCGAUUGAGAUACAAGAGCUGCUUCCGAGUCAUCGGUUCCAUCAAUGGAUUGCUCUGUUUGUUUAAUUCUCGCAUAAUUCGUGAAGGUGAAUGGCAUCGAAACACAUACUUCCGUUUGUGGAACCCAGCCACCAAGACAAUAUCUCAAAAAUUAGGCUCAAUUACCCAUCCCUAUGACCAGCCAUUUGGGCCCGGCGAGGACCUAUCUAACUAUUUCAGAUUUGCAUUUGGUUAUGAUAAAUCAACUGACACUUAUAAAGUAGUGGCAUUCUGUCCUAAGGAGGUGAAAAUUUUCAGUUUUCGUGAUAAUGUUUGGAAAAAUAUUCAACAUUUUCCUAUAACUCCUUUAUAUUAUGUGCAUAUGGUUUGCCGUAGAAAGCAACGUGUUAAUGAAGGUGUUUAUUUGAAUGGCUCUCUUAAUUGGCUGGCAAUUCUAAAUUGUGAAUAUUUUACCAAAGAAUAUCUAAUUUUUCCAGGAAUAGAUCCAUUUGUUUAUCCAAAAGUGGAUCAAUUUGUUAUCAUCUCGCUGGAUCUGUGUACAGAGACAUACCGACAGUUGCUUCCUCCAAGUGGUUUCGUGGAAGUCUCAUCUAUUUUGCCAACUAUUAGUGUGUUGAGGGACUGUCUUUGUUUUUCCUCCCACAUUAAGACCACCCAUUUUGCUAUAUGGAUGAUGAUGGAAUUUGGAGUCCAACAAUCUUGGACUCAAUUCCUUAAUAUUAAUUGUAUGGAUCUUCAAAUUGAUCAUGACUAUCCGCGAUAUGGUUAUGAAUAUCUAGUGCAUCCAUUAUGCCUUUCUGAGAAUGAUGGCACAAUAAUACUAGCAAGCAGUCAUGAUGAGCAAGCAUUGCUCUAUAAUUGGAGAGAUAAUAGUGUAGAAAAAACUAGAAUUACCAACCAUGUAUUGUGGAUGUUUUCUCUUAAUUAUAUCGAAACCUUGGUUUCGACUUGUUGAAAAUUGAGUUGGAGUCUCUGGCCGCUGCGUUGAUGUUCGGUAUUCUGGUACAGCUUUGUUUCAGGCAGGAGGUUAGGCGGAAACGGUUUUAUAAAGAGUUUUAGUGAAGAAUUUUAUGCAAAUUUGUCCUCUGAUUUGUGAUGCUGUGUUGUGUGAGGUAAUGUAAUAUGUUGGGGUGUGUGUCAGUGUGAUAUGU